AUGGAAUCGGUUGUUGUAACAAUUAUGUGGCUGUUUGUCACAUCGUCGUCGGUUUUUGCCGGUCGACCAUCGCUGGAUUGGCUUGGCAACACAUCGUUUCGGAAUCAGAUUGCGAGGAUUUUCGUUGGGAUUGGGAAUGUGGAUAUCGUUCUGGACGACGAUUUUAGAACCCGAGCUGGCGAGUUGGACCAGCUGGUUUGGACCGAUUUACUGUGGGGGAAAACCGUGCGGAUCUACGAGCAGCCUUUUCCCGAAGAUCAAGGUUGCAACGGGUAUCGGCCUUUGCUUUCGGCACGGGUUCAGGUUCCCUCGGCGAUGGAGAUCACCGAUACGAUGGAUCGCGAUUACGAGGACGAGUUCGCUUUCAUCGCGUGGGAUCAAUCGUACGAAACAUUUGUGCACAUUUGGGAUCAGAAUCAGCACUCGGGGUAUGUGAUGUUCGGCAAUAUGACCACCUUCGAAACGUGGCUACGAUGUCUGCUGGAUCCCUUGGGGACUUAUCUGAUGGUCCUGGAUGGUGAGGAUGACCUAGUUGGAGAGGGAGCGAUCUUCGAGUUGUUGCGAUCGAUUUGGCAACUCGAAGGAGUGUUUCGACUGUUCAUCCUGAAUGGUCAUGGAAUUCAUACCUUCGAUCCGUUCCGAAGGAAUGGAACUUCCUACGGUGCGUUGGUGUCUCUGACAGAGGAUGAAUUACUACCGACAGCAGACCACGACGACUUCAACGGGUAUCCGCUGCGGGUCGAGAUGUUCCUUUCGACCUACAGCGCUCCGGAAAACGAUGCCAACGGCACGAUCGUUGACUACGUCGGACCGGAUGUAAUGGUCAGCCAAGUGCUGGCCGAGGCAAUGAACUGUACUGUGAAACGAAUCAAACCGGACAAAGCCCUGUUCGGGGAUCGCUUGCCAAACGGAACGUUCAGCGGUUCGAUCGGCCGUCUGGGGCGGCACGAGAGUGACAUCGCCGUGGUGGGAUUCUUCAUCAAGGACUACUUCAGCCGGGACAUCGAGUUCACUUCGGCCGUUUACACCGACGAGUUGUGCUGCAUGGUGAAGAAGGCGAGCCGCAUUCCGGAGUAUUUGCUUCCGAUCACCAUCUUCCCGCCGGACCUUUGGGCCCUGAUGGUGAUCAUGGGCAUCGUGAGCACCGCCCUGUGGAUCGUUUUGCGAGCCCUGAUCAAGCGGUCCGCGGAGAGCAGAUCGAGCUGGCCUCAAAGACAACGGCUUGCCUAUUUGUUCAAUCUAUCCUAUGAAAUCAGCCGGGCUCCACUGUACCGUAAGUUAAUCCAGAUCUCGAUCGAUACCUACAUUCUGCUGGUGAGCGGGCCCUAUCAACGCUUCACUCGAUCCGGACACGAGCGACUGUUCCUGUUCGGCAUCCUAAUGGUCAGCUUGAUCAUGGUUUCUAUGUUCACCUCCGGCCUAUCUUCGGUGUUUGUCAAUCCGGUUUACUACAAGGACAUCAGCAGCCUUCAACAGUUGGACGAGGUGGGUUACAAAAUUCCCGUCAAGUACAAAGGCUUCAUGGAUGACGUAUUCACGGCCAACUACAGCCCGCUGAUGGAUUCCCUCAGGGCCAAAGUGGUCUUUCAGCCGUCGAACGAAUCUUCCCUUGGACGAGUUGCACGGAUUGGAACGAUAUCAACGAUCACGCGGAAGUCCACCUUGGAGCUAGACAACGCCAUCUACGUUACAACCAAGCAACUGUUCAUGGUUCCGGAGUGCCCUCGGCUGUACAACUUAGCCUACGUAGUGCCGCGCCAUUCAGUCCUCCUGGAGCAGAUCAAUGGGGCUCUGUUGCGCAUGCUAAACGGUGGAUUGGUUCAGCAUUGGAUCAGCGAGAUGAACUUCAACGUCACGAUCAAGGAUGGCGAUAUGAUCCGAAGCGUGGAGGAAUCGAACUUCAAAGUUUUAACCGUACUGGAUAUGCAGUUCCCGUUCUAUCUGCUCUCGAUUGGACUGAUGCUGAGCACGAUGGUUUUCAUUGUGGAAAUUAUCUAUCACCAAUGCUUGCAAUAA